AUGGCGCGGCGCCCAGUGGACGUGCUAAUGGUUGGUGCGGGGGAGUACACCGCGGGGUUCGUUCAGACAGCGCAUGGAGCAGCUGCCGACAAGCCUGCGGGUGUAGUUGCGCUGACAUGCUUCGAUCUGCGGCGCUCUGGACUGGUGGGCCGCAUGGUGCUGUCGGACCGCUGCGGCACGCGCAUGCCGGCCGUGCGCGCCACCAUGGAUGCGAAGAUUGGCAAGGCGUACAAAGGGCUCGACCUCACAAUCGAGUGCUUCCCGGCAGACGACGCGCUGGCCACCAUGUCACCCGGUGACGCCGCCAUCAUCUUCACCCCAGACGACACCCACUUCGCCAUCGCGUCCGCCUGCGUCCGCGCGGGGCUGCACACGCUCGUGGCCAAGCCGCUGGUGCGGACCCUGGAGCACCACAGGCAGCUGGUGGAGGAGGCGGAGGCGGCGGGCGUCAUGCUGGCGGUUGAGUACCACAAGCGCUUCGACCCGAUCUACAGCGACGCCCGCAACAGGGCGCGGGGGCUGGGGCCCUUCUCAUACUUUUACUCGUACAUGGCGCAGCCUAAGGUGCAGCUCGAGACCUUCCGGGGCUGGGCCGGCAGGAGCAGCGACAUCAACUACUACCUCAACUCCCACCACAUUGAUAUCCACAACUGGUUUGCUGGCCACGCGGCGCGGCCCGUGUUGGUGUCGGCCCUCGCGGCGGCGGGCGUGGCUGAGGGCGUGGUGGGGCGGCCGUGCGAGGACACGAUCACGCUGAGCGCGCGGUGGGAGGCUCGGGACGGCGGCGGCGUGGGGACGGCGGUGUACACGGCGUCGUGGAUCGCGCCAAAGGGCGAGUGCCACACGCGGCAGCACCUGCACUACAUGGGUCAGAGGGGGGAGCUGCACGCGGACCAGGCGCACCGCGGCUACAACACAGCGACCGACGAUGCAGGCUACGCGGCGCUCAAUCCCCUCUACAUGAGGUACGUGCCGGAUGCCGCAGGCCGCUUCGCAGGCCAGACCGGCUACGGCUACAUCAGCAUAGCAAAGUUCAUCGACGCGGCGCGGGACCUGCGUGACGGGGAGGUGUCGCUGGAGGCGGUACGGCAGGAGGGGCAGCUGGCGCUGGCGCAGGACACACUGGCAGUGACAGCCAUCCUGCAGGCGGGCCGCCUGAGCCUGGACAGCGGCGGCGCGGCGGUGGAGAUACUGUACGACGCCGCGGGCGCCCCCAGCGGCGUGCGCGUGGCGGGGACGGGCGAGGCCGAGGCGGCGGGGGCGGGGGCGGCGGCUGCGCAGAC